UAAGGCCGGUUUCCACGUGACUCUGACGUGUUUUUACUCUCUGGAUUUCUGAGGGUGUGAAGCUUUAUAUAUACAGUCUAUGGUGUGAAGGCGUCCUCAGAUCAGAUGCAGGCAGACUCAGGACUGAAGAGGAAGAAAUGAGCAGAGUUUCCUUCUCACCUGAAGAGAGUCUGGAGAAAAGAUGGAGACACCUAGAGAUGCCCUAUUAACAAUUUUAGAAAGUUUGGGGGGAAAGGAAUUCAAAAAAUUCAAGUGGUGCCUGGAGGAUAAGGUCCUAGAACUCCCAGGAAUCCCAAAGAGUGAACUAGAGGAAGCAGACCGGAUUGACACAGUGCAACUGAUGCUUCAGCACUACGGCACAAACACCAUUAAAGUGACCAGAGACGUUUUGAAGAAGAUCCCGAGGAAUGAUCUAUUUGAGGCAUUAUCAGAAUCCUCAUCAGACCCUAAAGGAGAGAAGCUGCUUUCUGCUGGACGGGAGGAUCCACUCUGCAGUCUGGAGACACUCAGGCUGGACCAUGGUGGAGAGCAGAGGUUCAGAGCAGGUCUGAGGAAGU